AUGCCACGCAUCCACCCCAAAGAUGUCCUGCGCGUUCGCUCCAGCCCAAAAGCCAAGGCAUUGCUUCCUUUGCUUCCGGUCUGCCAGAACGCGGCCUCAGCACGCAAUGAACUCCGUUGGAUGAAGGAACACGCGACCAGUGUCUCAUCUCGCCGAGGCAACAAAAGCCCCCAUCUUAUUCUCUCCAGCUAUGUUAAGCGCCGUGCCAGCGGUGAGCCUUUGCAAUACAUACUUGGCUCAGAGUACUUUGGAGACUUGGAAAUCAAGUGUCGUCCAGGCGUGUUGAUCCCAAGGUAAGCGCACCAAGCAUCCUUUAGGUUAGCUUUCGCCUCAAAGAAAAUCCACUCAGGGUCGUAGCGGAAAGGACUAUAGCGAGGCAUGCAACGGGGAGUCUGCUGCGCCUUCUUUCUCUAUCUCUCGCGUUAGACGGCUAUCUCGACGAGAACCAUAGCUGACCCGCUGCUGUUCAGCUCGCUGUUGCCUCUAUGUCUGCCAGCAUUCCUGUAAAGCAGCAGGCUUCUGCUCUAGAAAGACGCAGCAUCUAAUUGAGGCUAACGGUACAUAGACAAGAGACCGCAGCUUCGAUAUCACAUCUCGUGACCGUUCUUCACUCGCAGAGCGCUCUAGCCCCCUCGCAGCGUGUCCGUGUCCUCGACCUAUGCAGUGGAACUGGCUGCAUACCGCUCCUUUUCCAUCACGAGUUCUAUACCAAAACCCCCAACGCGAAUGCUCUACUCGAACUCGUUGGCGUCGAUAUAUCUGGAGAUGCCCUCAGCUUGGCACGGGAGAAUCUGAUACUGCAACUAGCAGAUCAAGCAAAGACAUACGGCCCUGAGGCCACGCGCCUUCGAUCGCUGCACCGUACUGGCUUCGUUCAAGCCGACGUCCUUAGUAAAGAGGACAACAUUCCCACCGACGGUCCACCUUCCCUUAUGCAAGCACUAAAUCGUCUCGCCGGUGACACUGGCCCAAAGGACUUUGACAUUCUCGUCUCAAACCCGCCAUAUAUCUCCCCAAAAAGCUUCCGCAGCACUACCAGCCGGUCUGUACGAAACUUCGAACCCAAACUUGCCCUUGUGCCGCCAUCAUCAACAUUUCAAGGAGAUACAGCCAUUGGCGAUUCAUUUUAUCCCAGGCUGCUCCAGAUUGCGGAACACGUGCGGGCAAGAUUCCUUCUUCUCGAAGUAGCCGAUAUAGACCAGGCCAUGCGAGUCGCCUCUUUGGUGUUUGCUACUGGCUCUUGGGAAGGAGUCGAAAUUUGGCGGGAUAGUCCGUCUCUGUCACCAGAGCAGGCAGAGAAAAUCGAUAUAGACGGUAAAAUUGUUGACGUCCGUGGAAUGGGCAACGGCAGGUCGGUGUUCGCACAUCGCGGGAGAAGUUGA